AUGGGACCCAGUGGCCGAGUCGCGCUGGCCGCGGGGCUGUGGCUCCUGUACACGCUGGGCGAGGCGGAGGACCCCGGCGUGCCCGCGCCCCGGCGCUGCCUGCUCUCCCACUACCGCUCGCUGGACCCCAGGGCGCUGGCGGCCGCCAAGGCGCUGAAGGACCGCUACGAACAAGAGACGCUGAGCUGGGGGCCGCGCACCUGCUCCUUCCGCCCUCGGAGGGAUCGCCCUCGACCCUCGUCCUGUGCUCAGCUCCGCCACGUGGCCCGGGCCAUCGCGGACUCCCAGGCCGUGCUGAACAGCCUGCGCAGCCCGGAGCCGUGGCCCGGCCUCGGCGCGACCCUGGAGCUGCUGGCGGCCGCGGGAAGGGACGUGGCGACCUGCGUGACUCAGCCUGUUCCUACCAGGCUCCUCCAGAAAGUCCCCGCUGCCAUCCAGGAGGCGUCCCCAAAUGCGCACAACGUGAUAGAGCUUUUCUGGACAAAUCUCUUUUCUGAGCCUCAGUACCCUCAGUACAGAACGGCACCUUACACCGCCCUGGAAGGGAGCAACGCGCACGGAAAGGUGGUUCUGGAGCUUCCAG